UAGCGAUUUGACGUUUUGACUUUGUUGCUUUGCGUAACCACUUCGUUUUAAACUCUAUCGCCACUGUGUUUGAGUUGUACUGCAUUAACAAUUUAAUUUAAUCAAAUGAACUGUGGUGUAAUUUAUCAACCCGCUGGAAGCUCAAAUUCAGGUUUUUAGCCCUGUAGCCCUCUUAUUUUGAAAACUAACCGGAAAUGUGCAUAUUCACAAUCGCCAUCUUCACUUGUAGUUCAGUCGCCAGAGAAAGACAGAGGGGGAAAAAGGGAGCGAGGGAGUAACGGGAACUGGGUCGGUGUGGAAAUUAAAUCAAACAGAGGGAACAGCAGCUGAGCGUGGAAGCUGAGACACUUUAAAAAAGGCUGGGGUCAUCCGCUUCCACUUUCCUGGCAUCUGAGGGUGGAGAAGCAGCUGGCGGAGUGCUGAAAUGAAAGAAGAGACAGGGAGGGAGGGAUGAAGAUGCUCUCCGCUUUCCUCCUGGACCUCUUGAUCCGUCCCAUCAGUUUGGCUUAGAGUUCAGCUGGACUGUGGAAAGAAAAAACCAAAACACGCACACACAUAAACCUACUGGCAUUUUGGUCAAACACCAAUACUUUCUACCACUUUUUUUAAUAGACAGUCUUUCUUGAAAUCAUGGCGAACAUGUGCCCAUAUGGCAGCUUCACCCACGCUGUGGUGCGGGGCAUCCCGGAGACCUUUGGGAAAGCGGUGGGAGAUGUUCGUGAGAACGGGGAGAUCUCGGUGGACCUGGCCAAAGCUCAGCGUCAGUUUGGGUGCCUGACGGGAGCCCUGAGACAGAAGGUGGGCCUGCAGCUGAUCGAGAUCCCUCCUGACCCCGAGCUGCCAGAGAGCUGGAGGAUAGAGGAUGUGGCUGUCAUCCAGGGAGGCACAGCGCUCAUCACCAGGCCCUUCAAACAGCAGAGACGCAGCGAGGCCGAGGCGGUGAGGAGGGUGAUGUCGGAGCUGAACCUGACCGUGGUGGAGAUGGGGGCCGAGGAGGGGGACUCCGGAGGGGCCACGCUGGAGGGCAGCGACGUCCUCUUCACGGGGAGGGAGUUCUUUGUCGGCAUCUCAUCGCACACCAACCGCAGAGGUGCAGAAGUGCUGGCAGACACGUUCAGGGACUUUGCUGUGUCCACCGUCCCAGUCUGUGGUGGAGCCCGACUGAAAAACAUCUGCUCCAUGGGAGGUCCGGACACAAUAGUCAUCAGCAGCGGUAACGGGGCCAAGAAGACUCUCCGGAUGAUGGAACAGCUGACUGAUCACCACUAUGAAGUGCUCACCGUUCCAGAGGAAUCGGCAGCAAACUGCGUUUACGUCAAAGGUCCGUCUAAUCGGGACUUCCUGCUCCACCGGCCUGCAGAUGAAUGUCCCGACAGUGUGUCUGCCUUCCAGAAGCUACAGGACUACACCCUCCUGCCCACAGCCUGCAGCGAGGCAUCCAAACUGGGAGCGUCUCUGUCCUCCCUCUGCCUCCUCAUCAACAGGAAGCACACGUAUUUGUGAAGGCACACUUCCGUCAGUCACUAAUUUACACAGCAUUUACCUGCACAUGUUUAUGGUCAGGUGAAAGGGGUGCUGAAGCUGGACAGAUAGACAGACACAUAGAUUUCCUCAGAUUCAAAUUCUCUUCUAUUUAUUUCUAAAGGAAAAAAAGAAACACCAACACAUCUGUUUGAGAAUAUGAUCCAACUUCAACAACCUGCUCACUGACUUUCUGUAGCAGACAAGCUUGUUUCUCACCUCACUGAAACAAAAGUGCAGCAUGUUGGUUUCCACACUAAACUCUAAGGAUCGACAAAACCACUAAGUCCACCGUAGCUUCACACUGUUGUAAUUUAAGACCAUCUAAGCUAAGCUGAUGAAUCAACACCACACAGAAGAAGCUGUAAUAUGUUUCAUGAAGCCAAAGUAUGAAGGAAAACCAGCAGGGAUGUUUCAUGUCCCCUUUUCUUGGUAAGCAGUUUAACACUUUCUUAUAUAACUAAAUUUAUGGAUUUAGGUAAGUGGCAUGAAACAAUUAAUUAGAAUUCAAUCUGAAACUGACAGUUGCCCUUUCUAAUUAACAUUCAGGAAACUGAGUUUGGUGUCUUUUAUGACUUGCAGUGCUACUCAAAUGAAUAUCUGCAACUUUAUGAACAUGUAGCUCUAAUGUCCAUAAUACAACAGCCUUCAAAUAUUAAGUGACGUGUAGCUGCUAAGAAUAGAAAUGCAGAGAUUUAAAGUAAUUGUCUUAGGUUUCAUAUGUACGAAUUUGUAGCAAGUGUAGUGAUGCCAAUAAAACUCAGUAACUACUUAA